ACCCGCCCGGGGCGGCGGCGGGGCCGGUCGCGGCGGCUGGGGCCGGUGCACGGCGCGACGCGGGAGGGCGGCGGGCCGGACCCGUCCCGUCCCGGUGCCGUCGCGUCCCGUCCGGUGUCGGCGGGGCAAUGCCGUUCCCAGGCGGGCUGUGGUGGUUGCUCUGCUGCCGGCAAGGCUUCACCCUGCUGCGGCGGGACUACGGCGAGGCCGAUCGGGAAGCGGACGGCGAGGCCGAAGAGGAGGAGGCGUCCUUCGAGCUCCGCGCCCAGGGAGACCAGGGGUCCCUGGAGGUGAGCCUGAGCCAGCCCACCCGCAGCAGCAGUGGCUCAGAGCGGUCCCUGCUCGUUGCGGAGGAGAUGCGCAGCCUCAUUGCGGAGAAGGGCCCGGGGCCGGUGGAGGAUGACUCUGAUGCUCUGGUGAAAGGCUGGCUGCAGCGGGAGGUGCGGGGUGGCGUCAAGACCCCUUGGAUCCGGCCUCGGAGGUACUGGUUCGUGCUGACGCCUGACUCCCUGGACUACUACAGCAGCAACGAGAAGGGGGCGCGGCGCCUGGGCUCCCUGGUGCUCACCAGCCUCUGCGCCGUGCUCUGGCCGGACAAACAGACCUACAAGGACACAGGCUACUGGAGCGUGACAGUGUUCGGCAGGAAGCACUGCUACCGGCUGUACUCCGAGCAGCUGAGCGAGGCAGUGCGCUGGGUGUGCGCCGUGCAGAAGGUCAUCGACAGCAAAGCGCCAGUCCAGACACCCACCCAGCUGCUGAUGCGCGACAUCGAGGAGCACUGCAGCAGCCCCGAGGUCCUGGAGCAGAUUUACCGCUGCAACCCCAUCCUGCGCUACACCAGCAGCCCCCUCUAUGCUCCUUUGCUGCCCUUCCCCUACGGCAGCCUGAACCAAAGUGCCCCUGGGCCCCGCGGCUACAGCACGCUGCGUGACGAGGCCGUGAAGCUCUUCAACUCGCUGCAGCAGCUGGAGUCAGAGCAGGACCCGGUGCCGCUGAUGCAGGGCGUCCUGCAGACCUGCCUGGACCUGCCGCCGCUGGUGGAUGAGAUCUACUGCCAGCUGGUGAAGCAGACCACGGAGCCGCCGGCGCCGGGCGGGCAGGGCGACCUGCACUACUGGCAGCUGCUCACCUGCAUGAGCUGCACCUUCCUGCCCUCCCCACCCGUCCUGCGCUUCCUGCGCUUCCACCUGGACAGGACGGAGAGCCGGUUCCCCGCCUCGGAGAUGGCCAAGUACGCCAGCUUCAUCCGGGAGGCGCUGGGGAAGACCAAGGGGCGGCAGUGUGUCCCCUCCCUGGAGGAGAUCCUGGUGCUGAUGCGGCGGCAGGAGAUGAUCUGCACCGUGCACUGCCCGGGUGCUGCUGCCUGCCGUGUGGCCAUCAGCUCCCACACCACGGCCGAGGAGGUGGCCCAGGAGCUGGUGUCCCGCCUGGGGCUGUCCCAGAGCCCCAACCUCUUUGCGCUCUACGAGCAGUCACGGCGGCGUGAGCAGCCUGUGGGCAACACCACGCUGCUGGCCGACGUCCUCACCAGGUUUGAAAACCUGGCGGGGGAGCAGCGGGAGCAGGACCCUCCGUGCCGGCUCUGCUUCAAGCACUACGGCUUCCUGGACACAGACAACGUCCCGCGGGACAGCCUGGAGUUCGCCCUGCUCUUUGAGCAGGCACACGAGAUGGUGCUGCGUGGCUAUGUGCCCACGUCGGAGGAGACGCUGCAGACGCUGGCGGCCCUGCGCCUGCAGAGCCUCAACAGCGACUUCUCCACCCACGCUCCCUGCCCGCGCCUGGAGGAGCUGUUCCCGCCCCGUGCGCUCCACGCGCGGCUGCCGCCCCCCCGACCCCGCACCGCCAAGUGCCGGGGGGCUCGGCUGCGUGCGGGGCUGCUGGCCGGGGGGCUCUGGGGGCAGGCGCUGGCGAAGCAGAGGGCGGAGCGGGACCAGCGCCUGCGGGGCCGCCUGCGGGAGGAGGGGGCCAGCACCGUGGCCGCCAUCGUGGAGAAGUGGAAGCUGCUGCAGGGCAUGGGCCGGCCCGAGGCCAUGGCUGCCUACGUGGCACUGGUGCGGGAGUGGCCUGGCUUCGGCUCCACGCUCUUCGACGUCGACCUGCGUGCGGUGAGGCCCGGGGGAUGACAGGGGGGCGGCGGACGGCGCU